AUGUCGACGCAGGCCGCGGAUGUAGAGGCCGUCGAGGACGUGAAAAACACCAUUCGCUCAUGCCAUCUCGAACCGACCGAGCAUUUCAUUCUGAUAGACUCGUUUCUGGGGGGUUCAUGCGACCAGGAAGCGGCCGCCCGCGAAGUACGCCGACGCCUCCUUUCGAGUCCAGGCGAACCAGUCGAGCGAGUGCUGCGCCAGCUCAAGGCAGACUGGCAUGCUAUUCUUUGCACAGCCCUGGAGCAAACCGCCGUCGACGAGGGAGUGGCCGCCUUGCUUAAGCGCCGGGACCAGGGGCGCUGCUGCCUCAGCCCCCCAACCUGCCCUCAAGUCAAGGUCCCCAUUCCAGAGUACAUGUUGUCACCAAAGCUUGAGCCCCUCCUACGAGUCGAAAACCAAGAACCCGAGGCGAGGCUCCUACAGGCCUUUGUCUCGCCUAGAAAUGUUCCCUAUUUACGGCGCGUAUUUAGUGAGAAUACCGCUAGCAUGAGCAACGCUUUGUUCUUGUCUCCUGGCCUGGGCAUAGCUAUUCGACAGAGCAAGCUGAAGCUACUCGGGGCGUUUACGACCUCAGAACAAUACAGGGAACCAGUCAGCAUGGAAGAUAUCAGAGAAAUAAAGCUUGCCAGCUCGCCAUAUGUUUCGGACUUGCAGUACUGUGAUGGGAAUCCAUGGAAAAAGCACGAUUUGCGCAUUACCAAGCUAAGAACAAGCUCGCCUUCUGAGACGCCGCUGCCCUCGCCUUAUCUGAUCCAACUUCAAAGCACAUUUGCAUCUGCGCUGAGCGUAUUCUCUGUCGAAGAAGAAUGCGCACAACCAUGGCCAGAACGUCAGGCACCUAAAUUUUGGAAUCGAUCUUGGCUACUAUUCUUCCGCAAUCUCUGGCAUUUGGUGCCUCGGUUCCUCCGCACUUGGACGUACCGGCGGAUGCUUCAGUCUCGCGAACGCGGCAGAGUUGUGCAACUAUAUGAGUCUAAAUCUGCUGGUCUGAUUGCGAAGAUGGAUCAAGGAAACGAAGCAGCAGCUCUUGCGCUCUUGGAAGCAGAAGCGCCCGAGGUCCCAGCGCCGCUUCUCAUCGACACGUUUCAGAACGACAAAGGCAUGAGCUUUGCCGUAAUAACGCAAUUGCCAGGCGUGCCAGCCAAGACUGUCUUUUACCGCAUGUCAUACGAAGAACAGCACCAAUUCGCUGACGACUUGGGGAAAGCCCUCGCUCACAUGCGGCGCGUCCCUAAUCGGUCGGGACAUUUAUUUACUGGCAUCUCAUCACUAGGUCGCAACGGUUCCAAGAUCCACGAUCCACAUGCCGGCUACGAGGCCUGCGGCCCCUUUGAGAGUGAGCUGGACUGGACCAUAUCCAUGACUGGCGGCAGGCAUGAGCUCUGGCGCGCAAGCCAUCCCGAAGCGCUCUUGUCCGAACACAAAUCUGUAUUUACGCACGGCGACCUACACCUGUAUAACGUCCUUGUUGACGGGGGCAAAUUCUCAGGCAUCGUCGACUGGGAGAGUUCGGGGUUUUAUCCCGAGUACUGGGAGUGUGCUAAGAGUAUGAACACAGGCUUGGAUGCGGCCAGUUUUCGCCCUGUGCAUAGGCAAAUAUGGCAAGGCAAAUAUGAAGCCGAAAGCGAGUUGGUGGGUGCUCUUAUGAACGCCGGUCCAUUUGGACCGCCACGUAUCGUGGAACCCUAA